AUGUCCCAAUCUCUAGACUCCUGCCAACGCAUUUUGAGCAAAUCCAAUGGUCUUCUACCUCCUUCCCAUCAGACCGUCACCUUGAAAACACCAUUCAAGGCUGAGAACAUCAUCGUCUUCCAGUCCGCAAAACUGGACUUGACUCCCAGCACUGGCCCGGGUAUCGACAACACCGCCGUCAAUAUCCUCGAUGCUGCCGGCGACGUCCUUCUCCACGUCAGCAUCCGUCGCGCGGAGAACGCCAUCGUCUUGAACAGCAGGCCUGCCAAUGGCGCUCGGGGUACUGAGGAGAGAGUACCACUCAAAGGGCUGUUCGUCAAUGCACCCAACACGACUAUCACUGUCUACGACCACGGUGAUCGCUUCCAAAUCCUGAUCGACUACAAAACCGUUCACUACUACGCCAAGCGGAUCCAGGCAAAUGGUACUGCCAUCUUGUACACUAUUAACCCGGGCCAGAUCUCCGUUCUCUGA